AUGGUGAAACUAACAACAGAGUUGAUUCAAAACUCUAUGCAGUACAUGAAUCCAUGUCGAGAUCGAGAGUUAGAUCUUAGAGGUUACAAAAUACCGCAAAUUGAAAACAUGGGUGCGACGUUAGAUCAGUUCGACACCAUUGACUUCUCAGACAACGAUAUCAGGAAACUUGAUGGAUUUCCAUUGUUGAAAAGAAUCAAAUGCCUGUUAUUGAAUAACAACAGAAUUGUGAGGAUUGGUGAAAAUUUAGAGCAAUACAUACCUAACUUAGAAAGCUUAAUAUUGACCAACAACAAUAUUACAGAAUUAGGUGACUUGGACCCUCUAACGACACUGCCCAAACUGAGAACACUGUCUUUAAUGCACAACCCAGUAUCAAACAAACAGCAUUAUAGAGCAUAUGUGGCAUUCAAAUUCCCAGAGCUCAGAUUGUUAGAUUUUAGAAAAAUUAAACAAAAAGAGAGAGAUGAAGCUAAUGCUUUGUUUAAAAGUAAAAAAGGAAAAGAGAUGCAGAAGGAAAUUACGAGGAAAGCCAAGACAUUUGUGCCUGGAGGCAAUAUGCCUGAUCCUAAAGUUACAAAUCUUACACCACAAGAAAUCCACAAGAUUCGUGAAGCCAUCAAGAAUGCUUCAUCUCUACAAGAGGUAGAAAGGCUGACAAGGAUGCUGCAAUCUGGCCAGAUACCUGGACAGAAACCACUACAACCUCAAACUCAGGGCAAUGGCCAACAAGAUGAAGAAGAGGAAAUGGAGACUGAUCAACAAAACGGCCAGUAA